UUAAUAUUCCACUCUUAGAAAUUUGUAGCCAUAGGAUAGUUUUCAUGUUUUCCUAGGCUUGUACUUUCCAGUCUUUGUUUAUAAUGAAAACCUUUUGACCCCGAGAUUUUGAACUGUAUGCAUACUGUAAAUACAAACCAAGAUGGUUUCAAGUGCAAUCUUACUCGUUCUAGUCCUAGCGGGUCUAACGUCGGCAAAAAGAGAAGAAUCCAAUAAUUUUUGGAAUCUGACAGAUACUCGAAUUUGGGAAAAUUCCUCAGCGGAAAAUGAGAAUUAUGAAGAAGGAACACCGAGAAUAUUCAAUUCUCUUUUCCCUCCAGGAUCCACUUUCAGUUUCUUUUUCGAGUUAGAGGUUCCGCUAUUCUACGGUCCUGGAUUUCCUUUACUCGGGGGCUUAAUAGAUGUAUUUUUGACUCCCCCCAUCCCCCUCCCGGAUAUAAACAGAAUUGGUCGCAUGAUGCAAAGAUCAAGUAUCAUGGAUAACCUAUCCCAGACUUUUGCAGGAUUUGGUUUGGACGGAAAGGCCUGUGUGGAGAGGCUUGUGUGUGAAAUCAACUCUAAUCCAAUGAACAUUGGACUAAUUGGGGAUAUAAUCAACACUAUUUUCUUGGGAGAGAUAGAUGAACCUGACAGUGUAUUCUAUACAGCUCAAGUUACAGGCAGAAGUCAGAAGAACUGUAGAAGAUAUAGAGCAGACUGUCCAGUAUCUGUACUUAAUCUGCCUUCAGCCAUUAGUUCGGUUUUACCAAUCCCGAAUGGACUGGCCCCUUAAAGAUGGGGUAUACAUGGACGAUAGAUACAACCUCUACUACCCCCCAGGUGCCUCGCAUCUGGAUGGUAUUCCAGCUGACCUUGAUGAAGUUAUUAGUCAACAUUGGAAGCAGUUCCCUCCACAGAAUCCAUUGAUCGUUGAUGUUCUUGGGAUCGCCUACGCUAUUCUUCUAACGUGCAGUGUUCCUCUACAUUUGAUAGUUAUCUAUGUAUAU